AUGGCCGCUCUUGAUGUGAUUGGUGGUUCGCCAAGUGAUUCAAAUAGUAACGACAACACAUCGAUUCCAACAAAAAUAGAGGGUACUACGUUGAAUUUAGAUCGUGUGUCUGUGUUAGUAGGUUCCACAACAGAAAGCGAUUUAAAAUCUGUAAUUAAAUGUGAAGAGGAAGAUAACCAAGAGCCGCCUCAGUUAACAAGAGAAGAGCCUGUAGCCAAUUUUGAAGACAAUAAUGUUAUGCCUGAAAAUGAACAAGUUGAUGCAUUAAAUACUAUUAUGAUAUCACCGGAGGAUCUAGAAGAAGCGGGUUUAGAUAUGGACAAUUUAAAUGAGUUAACGGAAGAACAAUUGAAUACGCUAAUGAUUAUUGCUGAAAGAAGGCAACGAGCGCCGGGUAUAACAGAAGAAGAAGUGGAGCCAGAGCCAUCAUCACAGCACGAUGAAUCUUUUGCAGUUUCUGGUGAUAGUGUAGAAUCCAAUUCCGCUUUAAACAAUGAUGCUAUCACGAUGAUAAUCACAGAUGAUGGAAGUCUGAAGUUAACCGAUGCGAGCAAUCAAAACUUCUUUUUUUCUCAUGAACAGUUGGCUGAGAUGAGUAUAGACGUUAAUAACCUAACAGAUGAAAGUAUUCAACAAAUUGUUCAAAUGGCCAUGCCUGUUAUAAAUGUUGAUAGCAAGGGUAUCUCUCGACCUAAGUCUAAUGAUGAAGUUAUUUUCGAUCAUUCUAUGGAUCUCAUGCAGCCUAGCUCGUCUUCGGGAAUUAAACAAGAAGUACUACGAGCAUCUCAACUAAUAGGAGAACAGGUGGAAAUUCGAAAAGAAGGAAGACCAGUUGUAGCAACUAUUCGUUAUGUGCGGAAUGGUGGAAGCUAUAAAGUUCAAUUUGAAGAUGGUCAUUUCGAAUGGAUUACAGAUGAACAGAUAACAUUACGAGGCACACGGAGAAGUGACCAUGAAAGUUAUCAUAACGAUUCUACUGUACCAAAUCCCAGGGUGAUACAUUCAUCUGCUCUACAGAACUGUGUGAAGAGGGCAGCUCUUGCAGAAAGCUCUCCCACAGCAGUCAAACGUCCUCAUUUGGAACCGAAUUUUUGUUGUCCAAUAUGUGAAAACAAGGUUCACCAGAAAGAACCAGCUUAUAUAGUAAUACGAAUACCUGCUUGUGAUGCAUGUACACGAGAAAAAAUAAUUGUCCUUGAUGAUCAAGAUGACAGGGGUAGGGGAGGAGGCAAUGGAAUCAUGUAG